AUGGAGUCGCUGAAGACUUAUAUCUUUACAGGCAAGGCGGCGACGACGGCGCUGGCGGUGGCGCUGGCGGUGGCGCUGGCGGUCGUGAGCGUCGGAGCCGAUUCCUCGCCGUCGCAGUAUGAGCUCCCGUCCAACGCCACGGUGGUCAACGGAGGACCCAUCGUCACGGGCUUCAGCUGCGACGGCCUUAAGUACGGAUACUACGCGGAUCUGAACAACGGGUGCAGAGUGUUCCAUAUCUGUUAUCCUUAUCUCGAUGCUGACGAGUUUCUGCGUACAAGGAUGUUCUCGUUCAUCUGCGGUCUCGGGACGGUGUUCAACCAGGUGACCCUCGUCUGCGACUUCCCCAACGACUCCAUCCCUUGCGAGGACUCUCCGAACUACUACGACUCGUCCAACGGGCAGUUCGGCCUCAGGGACGUCAACUUCAACGAGUAACCAGCGCAGAAAGGCUAAAAGUGUAGAGUUCUUGGCUUUAAGACGUGUAGGUGGUAGGCCUAGGCUAUAGCAGUAGUGGUUGAACCUUGGGUCGGGCACGCAGAGCGGCUGUAUGCCCUGUGGUUGUGCUUGAGAUGCCUCUGGAGAUAUGUUUGAGUGUUAGAUAUGUGCAUGUGUAAGUAUGCAUGUGUAUAUAUGUGUGUAUAUAUAUAUAUGCAUAUAUAUACAUAUAUAUAAUACACACACACACAUAUAUAUAUACUUAUAUGCAUAUGUAUAUA